ACUCCAAGUCUCCCACACCCAAACACAGAACCUUUCCCCAUCAUCUUAGCCACGUUCUUUGCAUUUUCCCCCAGUAAUACCCAGUACCCACCACCACCACCAUGUCUGAGGAGAAGCACCACCACGGCCUCUUCCACCACCACAAGGACAACGAGGACAAACCCUUAGAAACCUCCGCCUACGAAUCUCAGACAGCUUACGGAGGCGGCGGCUACAGUGAGACCACCGGUUAUUCCGCUGAGGGAGAGGGUGGCAGGUACAACAGUGAGACCACCGACGCGUAUGGCUCAGCUGCUCCCGGCGGUGGCCGAUACACCAGCGAGACCACUGGUUACGUCAAGGAGGGACACGGUGGCAAGUACAGCGAGACCACCACCCAAGCUUAUGGCACCACUGAGUCCGGAAUCGAUUACAAGAAGGAGGAGAAGCACCACAAACAUCUCGAACAACUCGGCGAGCUCGGUGCUGCUGCUGCUGGAGCUUAUGCUUUGCAUGAGAAGCAUAAGGAAAAGAAAGACCCAGAGCAUGCCCACAAGCACAAGAUAGAAGAGGAGAUCGCUGCAGUGGCUGCAGUUGGAUCCGGUGGGUUCGCCUUCCACGAGCACCAUGAAAAGAAAGAGACCAAGGAAGAAGAGGAAGAGGCUCAUGGAAAGAAGCACCACCAUCUCUUCUAAAUCCCAGCUUGUGAUGAUCUUCAUCAAUAAUUAACUAUAUAUCUAUGCAUUGUCGCAUGUUUAAGUUUGUUUCCAUGAACGAUCUGAUUUUUACUUAUUUAUUCGCUGUUAAUUAAUUAUGUGAUCAACAGUGAAUGUACAUUAUCUCAGAGUCUGGGAUUAAUGCCUGUUGAUUACGUGUUUAAUUAAUUAUGUGUUGUUUGUGAGAUAUGGGUGUUAUCUGGGUUUGCUUUGCUCUUAGCAUGCCAUGUAUGUCAUUGAUGAUAAUAACAAAUAAUAUCGUUUACUUUUUGUAA